AUGCACGAUCAUCCUCACGGACCUCCACCACCAGGGAUUCAUCAGCAUCAGGCUCCGCCUCCUCCCUGUCCCCAAGGACCUCCACCAGGCCAUGAUGGACAUCCAGUAGGUGGCCCGGGCGGCGACCACGGUGGACACCAUGGACCUCCAGCAGGUGGUCCCGGUCAGCAUGGACCUCCUCCAGGUGGUCCGGGCCAACAUGGACCUCCAGCAGGCGGUCCUGGUCAUGGUUGUGGCCCGGAGGGGGGCCAUGGACCUCCAGCAGGUGGUCCGGGUCAGCAUGGACCUCCAGCAGGUGGUCCGGGUCACCAUGGUCCUCCAGCAGGCGGUCCUGGUCACCAUGGUGGUGGCUCGCAUGGCGGCCAUGGCGGACGUUGCUAA